AUGGAAGGAGUAGAAGGAGAUGAAGAUGGAGGAAGGAGGGAAAGGAGGAGAAUAAUAAGUUGUGAUAUUAUGGAGGCGGAAUUGGGAAGGAAAAGAGCAGAAGGGACAAGAGGAGGACAAAGGAAGGAGAGAGAACAGGAAAGGGUAACUGAAGCAGGUUCAGGAAUAGGAGAAGGAGAGAAAAAGUAG